AUGGAGGCCGAGGCAGCCCCGGACUUCGCCAUGCUGCGAGAGCUGCUAGCGCCGCCCUGCCUGAACCCCGAGCCGUCCCCGGAACCCCCGAUCCGGCAGGCACCAAGAACCCCAGGAUGCUUCAGACCCAGUGGCAGGUCCUUCUGGCCUGCACACCAAGACUCGGUCACUGCCCUGCGCUUCCUCCAAGAGACAGCAGAGGAGCUGGCCCAGACCCCCUGGGACACCCAGGCCCUGGGGCCCUACUGGGAGCCGAAGGCCCUGGGACCCCUACCUCUGGCCAAGGAUGCCGAGAACAUGCUGACCCCAGUCAGCCAGCAGAGCCCCAACCUGGGGCCCCCACGGGCUCCCUCGACUUCUCCAGCCCAACCACGGAGGAGGCCCCGGAAGCAGUCAAACCCCCAGCGGGGUGCCGAAAAAGUGGACCCUCUCUUUGAGGGGGUGACCCUGAAGUUUCAGAUAAAGCCGGAUUCCAGCCUACAGAUUAUACCCAGUUACAGCCUGGCCUGCAGCAGCCGCUCUCCAGGGUCUCCCACUCCAGGCCCUUCCAGAGGCCCAGAGGCCAACCCGGGAGGCAGCGAGGCCCUGGCGCCCCGCUGCUGUGCUUCCUGUAAGACCAAGAGGACCCCUCUGUGGAGAGAUGCUGAGGAUGGUACCCCUCUCUGCAACGCUUGUGGCAUCAGGUACAAGAAAUAUGGCACCCGGUGCUCUAGCUGCUGGCUGGUGCCCAGGAAAAAUGUGCAGCCCAAGAAGCUAUGUGGCAGAUGUGGGGUGUCCCUGGGCCCCCACCCAGCCUCAGCUCAGGAAGGGUAA